AUGACAAACCUAAGAAUGAACAAUGAUCUGAAAUUUCCUUCUGUUGUGGCUUACGUAAUGUUAUGUAUUGGAAUUAAAUUAUUGUUAAAUCUUGUGUAAUUGAAGGUUUUACAUAAUAUAAAGAGGAGCGUGGAUGACUCAUACCUAAAAUUAGUAUACUGUUGUUGUGAUUCCUGGAAGAACAAAAGAAACCACUUUCCAGUGAAAAGAGCGUGCAUUUAUUGGGAAAAACGAUUAUUCAAAAUUUAUAAAACGAUCAACCACCUUACGAUCGCAUACACACAUCUUUCAACGAGAUUUUAAUGGAAAUUUCAGACACCACCUACUACUUCCUAUUGGCUUUGGUGAUUAUACCAGUGAAAUUAUUCUUUGACCUGUGGGCUUGGCUCGGCUGGGAUCUCUACAAGAACAACUAACCUUAGCCAUGUCAAAUUUCAAUGAGGGAAAGCCAGUCCUGAAGAGACCUCUUACAUUAGACUUCAGUAAGCAUAAGAUGAUCACACCUCAUCCAGUGUUGUCUUCCCCCGAUCUUAACAUGCUGAAGGUUGGCACCCCAGAGUUAGAGAAAAUAAUCUUGAAUAGUGGGAGCAUGAACACUCCUACCCCAUCUGCAGUCGACAGCUCACUCCUGUACUCGAGAACAGUAACAGAAGAGCAAGAGAGUUUCUCAGCUGGUUUUGAGGAUGCUCUGAAAAACUUGCACAAUAAUAACUCACAAGAUCUAUAUUCAGCUUCAGAUUCAAGUAAUACUGUCUACACAGACAUGGAGCAGCCCAUUGGGAAUUUCAUUCCAACAAUCAAAGAGGAACCUCAGACAGUGCCAAAUAUCAAUAACGGAUCUCCGCCAGUGUCGCCAGUCGAUAUGGAAUACCAAGAGAAGAUCAAAUUGGAACGCAAGAGGCAGCGGAACCGUCUUGCAGCAUCCAAGUGCAGAUCGCGAAAGCUCGAGAAGAUCUCCAAAUUGGAGGAUAAGGUGAAGCAUUUGAAGACGGAGAACUCGGAGCUAGGAGGUAUGGUUAACCAGUUGCGGGAGCACGUGAACUCUUUGAAAAUCGAAGUACUUCAGCACGUGAACAACGGUUGCCAGAUCAUGGCCUUAGAAUGAGCGAUGCACUCAGUUAUUAUAUUUGAUGCCAUUACCAUUAAUUUUUUUUUACAUAAUUUUAUAAUAACGAAACAGUAACAAUCUAACCAAUCGAACACUUGAUGCGCAAUCAAGGAGAAAAAAAAAUGCAAGUUGUGAUAUAAUAGGACACCUAUUAAGAGAAUUGACGAAGAAAGUGAAAUGCGAAGCGACUUUCCAGUAUUAAAUAGAUUUUUCAUUUGCAAAAAUACAAUAGGGUGAAAACUAAUCAACUCUAAUACACGAAAUUAGAUUGUUACGAUUUGUAAGUAUUUAUUAUUUAGUCGAGAGUGAGAGUCGAAGAAACGAUACGCGAGUGCUUUAUAUUUGUAUAAUAAGAUUAUAAAUUUUAUAAUAUAUAUAUAUAGAUAUAUUUUAUAUAAAUC